AUGGUACAGGGAGUCGCUGUUUACGAUACUAUGCAAUACGUAACAGGGGAUGUAUUUACAAUAGGCGUCGGGUUAAAUGCUUCAAUGGGAGCUUUCCUUCUACACGGGGGGACGUUUACUAAACGGGUAAUGACCCAAAACGCAUCAAUUAUGAUCCACCAACCCCAUAUGUCUCCUUAUGAUCGUCGCGCCACUUCAAUAGAAUCAAGCUUCGAUUCAGAGUAUCUGGGCCUUUUGCGUUCGUAUGUUGCGCGAACUUAUUUAAGAAGAACAAAGCAAGAUUUCGAACUAAUUUGUUAUCUAUUAGAACGAGAUAUUUAUAUGACACCAGACCAAGCAGUAGAGUUUGGUCUUAUCGACGAAAUCGGCGUAGAAGGACUCGGUUUUUCAGAUACAUUAGAUACAUUGUUUAUUCAUGACGAUGCUGAUGCCCAUGAUAAUAGUUUUGCGAAUUUUAUUCGUGAUUUUGCUCGUGAUCGUGAGGAUCGCAGCAUUGACCGUCGGCCUGCGGAAUGGUUUUCACCAUGGAAUCCCACAACAUUGGAUUCUAACAGGCCAAACAAUAUACCCGUCCUGGACCAUCGCAAGGCAAGGAAUAUAGUUUUGCGAGGGGAAAAUGAUAGUGCAAAAACAUUACAAACUACAGUUCUGUAG